UCACAUACAUAACAUAGGUUUAUACAUCGUCUCUUCAAAGUUCAAUAUCCGAAUCUUUCGCAGAAACAACCCAGUUCCUCUCUUCACACUCUGUACUUACGCAAUCACCCUCAUAAAUUCUGAGUCAGACUUUUCAACCAACUCUCCAUCCAAAAUAAUUCAAACACACACACACACACACACACACACACAUUUCCAUAUUUAUUAUAUUCAAGAUCUCCUUCCUCACUAAAAAAAUACUGGUCCCUGAAAAGAAAAAAAACAGAGCAAAAUUUUUUCUACUAAAUCAUAUUGUACUAUCAUUGUCCAAAAGAGCAUAUGAGAAAUCUUAUGCAACUUGUUGUUCUUCUUCUUCUAUUCUCCAUUUUCACAUCUCCAACACAUGCAAAAUCCGUAAUCGAACCCUGUAACUCUUCUGACUCAUGCGCAUCCCUCCUCUCCUAUCGCCUACCUUGGGAUUCAAAGCUCUCCGAGAUCUCUUUCCGAUUCAAACUCAACAUCACCGAUCUCUUAGCCGCAAACUCCAUCAAUAUCCUCACAACCCCAUCUCAGGGAAACCAAAUAUUAGCUGCGAAAACGCUCCUGAAAGUUCCUAUUUCGUGUCCAUGCGUGGACGGGAUCAGGAGGUCGGUAUCGACGACGUAUACGGUCCGUCCGGCGGACAGUUUGGAGUCGAUAUCGGAAGGGUUCGGAAGGUUGGUGAGUGCGGAGCAGAUCAAGAUGGUGAAUAAUAUUGAAGGGAGUUUGACAAGUGGGGAGACCAUUUUGAUACCUUUGCCAUGUACGUGCUUUGGGAACAGUAACAAUGGAGCCAGCACGGUUUUCAUGUCGUAUGUGGUGCAGAGUGGAGAGAGCUUGAUGAGUAUAGGGAUGGAGUUUGGGAUGACGGUCAUGGAGUUGGUGAGUAUCAAUGGGCUUGGUCACCCAGUUGUCGAUCCUGGUGACAUUUUGGCUAUUCCAAUUCCAGCUUGUUCAUCGGCAAAUCUUAACUGGUACAACGAGAGCUUAAUAGUUCCAAAUGGUUCAUAUGCUCUUACGGCCAAUAACUGCAUCAAAUGCACCUGCAGAUCAUCCAUUAAUCUCAACUUGCAGUGUUCCACGUCUGGCUUGGACAUCUCCUGCUCUCACCUGCAGUGCAAAGGAACAAAUCUUUUUAUUGGGGAUUUUUAUACAAACCAAACCAUGAAUGGAUAUUGCAAUGUCACCAAAUGCAUAUAUCGUGGGCACAGUGGCCGUAAAAUCUUUCGCAGCAUAGUAAAUACUUCGGCUCAUGUCCGGUGCUCAGGCAUGAAGGAUUUCGGCUCAUUGCCACCAGCCUUAGCUCCAUAUCCUUCUUCAGUCCCAUCUACACAACUUUCUCCAUCCUGUUCGCCAUAUCCAGGAGCUUUUAGACCAAGUCCAGAAAUUGGAGCCCUAAGUCCUACAGCUACGCCUCCUAUGAUUUCUAGUUAUGCCCGAUUAUCACCUACUGAUUAUUUCUUCCUGUUACACUACUUUGUUGCUAUAGGAACUUUUCCUCUUUAUCUUUUUUUCUUUUAGUUAAUUUAUUUAGCUGCAAAUCUCUAUAUUUUUCCAUUUGCGAAUCCAUAUUUGGAUUUUGUGAAGAAAAAGGAAACAAUUAUAUAUCCCCAUCUCCUCUCUUUUCA